AUUGUCUUCGUUGGAUAUUUGUCUGAUUUAAAAAAAUAAAUAAAUAAAUAAACUGCAUUUGCGUCAGGAGAUAUGAUACUCAGGAGAAGUCUCUACUUGCUGCCCAUAUUAUUUAAUAUCCUCUACUCAUUACCUCAAGAUGGUGAGCAGGAGGAUGACUUGACAUCGUUUGACUUGUUUGAAAUCAGCCACAUCACACGCAAGACUCUGGGAGCCAAGCAGUUCCGAGGCCAAAACUCAGAUGCCCCUGCUUACCGCUUCAUUCGCUUUGACCACUUGCCCUCAGUGAGCGCCCCCAUACUAAAGCAAAUACUGCAACAGAUCCAGAACAAUGAGGGCUUUGUGUUUGUGGCCAGCAUUCGCCAGGACCGCGGCUCACGGGGCACCCUGAUUGGUCUGGAGGGCUCUGACGGCCGGCGCAAGUUUGAGAUCGUGUCUGAUGGACGGACCAACACUCUGGACCUGAAAUACUGGGUGGACGGCUCAGAGAAUGCGGUUGUGUUCGAGGAUGUGGACUUGGCCGACUCGCAUUGGAAGAAUAUCACACUUCAUGUUCAUGGGGAAAAUGCAAACCUGUUUGUAGGCUGCAACCUGAUUGACAGCUUCAUCCUGGACGAGCCAUUCUAUGAGCACCUGAAGCCUGAGGGCAGCCGCAUGUUUGUUGCAAAGGGAUCUGUACGCGAGAACCACUUCAGGGGCCUUCUGCAGAACGUUCACUUCAUCUUCGACACCCCGGUAGAAGAUGUACUUGAAAGCAGAAACUGCGAGGUCAUCAGGACAGAUGAUGCUAAUAUAGUGAGUGAGAGCAGCGAGAUUGUGGACGUGAGUCCCUCCAUCACUACAAACGUCAUAGGUCAGAAGACGGACGAGACAGGGGCAGAUAUGUGUGAACGCUCCUGCGAGGAACUUAGCACCAUGUUUCAGGAGCUCAAAGGCCUUCGCGUUGUCGUCAGUAACCUUAUUGAUGGGUUGCAAAAAGUGACGGAGGAGAACACAGUCAUGAAAGAUGCCCUUGGGAGGAUGAAGAACUCUAAAGAGAAAAACAUGUGCUGGCAGGAUGGCCGCCUCUUUGAGGAUAAGGAAGACUGGGUUGUAGACAGCUGCACCAAAUGUACCUGCCAGGAGUCCAAGAUUGUGUGUCACCAAAUUACAUGUCCACCAGUUGCCUGUGCCAGCCCGUCCUUUAUUGAUGGCGAGUGCUGCCCUGUGUGUAUGCCUAAAGACAGUGAGGAUGGCUGGUCGCCCUGGUCAGAGUGGACAGAGUGCACGGUCACCUGUGGGACGGGAACUCAACAGAGGGGAAGGUCAUGCGAUGCCACCAGUAAUCCCUGUACCGGAGCCUCAAUCCAGACACGCAAGUGCAGCCUGGGGAAAUGCGACAGCCGUGUUCGCCAGGAUGGAGGGUGGAGUUUGUGGUCGCCAUGGUCCUCCUGCUCAGUAACCUGCGGAGAGGGCCAGAUCACCAGGAUACGCCACUGCAACGCCCCUGUGCCUCAGCUGGGCGGCAAGGACUGUGAGGGUAGUGGAAGAGAGACUCAACGCUGCGAAGCCAAGCCGUGUCCCAUUGAUGGUGGUUGGGGUCCUUGGUCUCCUUGGGCAACUUGUUCAGCAACUUGCGGAGGUGGCACCAAAAGCCGAACACGUGUGUGCAACAGCCCCCAACCUCAGUAUGGUGGCAGGAAGUGUAAUGGAGAGGCUACUGACAGUGACAGCUGCAACAAAAAAGAGUGUCCCAUUGAUGGCUGUCUGUCUAACCCAUGUUUUGGUGGAGUGGACUGCAACAGCUCUCCAGAUGGAUCCUGGGAGUGCGGACCAUGCCCUGCUGGUUUCCGUGGAAACGGCACCCACUGUGAAGAUAUCAAUGAGUGUGAUAUGGUUUCUGAUGCUUGCUACAAAGUGGGUGGAACACAGCGCUGCGUCAACACAGAUCCAGGUUUCCACUGUCUGCCCUGUCCAAAACGUUACAAAGGCACCCAACCAUUUGGUAUGGGGGUAGAGGCUGCCAGGAAGAACAAACAGGUGUGCGAGCCAGAGAACCCAUGCAAGGACAAGACCCACAACUGUCACAAAUACGCCGAAUGCAUCUACCUCAGCCACUUCAGUGACCCUAUGUACAAGUGUGAGUGCAGGAUUGGCUAUGCUGGAGAUGGUUUUAUCUGUGGAGAAGACUCCGACUUGGAUGGCUGGCCCAAUCAGAACCUUGUGUGUGGUACCAACGGCACCCAUCACUGCAAGAAGGACAACUGCCCCAGCUUGCCAAACUCUGGACAAGAAGACUUUGACAAAGAUGGUCAAGGAGAUGCUUGUGACAAGGAUGAUGAUAAUGAUGGAAUUGCAGAUGAGAGGGACAACUGUCCCCUGCUUUACAACCCUCGCCAGUUUGACUUUGACAAGGAUGAAGUUGGUGACCGCUGUGAUAACUGUCCCUAUGAGCACAACCCUGCUCAGAUAGACACUGACAACAAUGGAGAAGGGGAUGCUUGUGCAGUGGACAUUGAUGGAGAUGAAAUUCUGAAUGAGAGCGACAACUGCCCGUAUGUGUACAACACUGACCAGAAGGACACGGACAUGGAUGGAGUAGGUGACCAGUGUGACAACUGUCCACUGCUGCACAACCCCGACCAGACUGACGUAGACAAUGACCUGGUUGGAGAUCAGUGUGAUAACAACCAGGAUAUUGAUGAAGAUGGCCAUCAGAACAAUCUGGACAACUGUCCCUAUGUGGCCAAUGCCAACCAGGCUGACCAUGAUAAAGAUGGCAAAGGAGACGCUUGUGACUAUGAUGAUGAUAAUGAUGGUAUACCCGAUGAUAAGGACAACUGCAGACUAACACCCAACAAAGACCAGCUGGACUCUGAUGGUGAUGGAAGAGGUGAUGCCUGCAAAGACGACUUUGACAACGACAACAUCCCAGACAUCUUUGACGUCUGUCCAGAGAACAACGCCAUCAGUGUCACAGACUUCAGGAAGUUCCAGAUGGUCCACUUGGAUCCUAAGGGAACAACUCAAAUUGAUCCCAACUGGGUUGUCAGACAUCAGGGCAAAGAGCUCGUUCAGACUGCCAACUCUGACCCAGGCAUUGCAGUUGGUUUCGAUGAGUUCAACGCUGUGGACUUCAGCGGUACAAUGUACGUGAACACGGACAGAGAUGACGAUUAUGCAGGCUUCGUGUUUGGCUACCAGUCAAGUGGGCGUUUCUACGUAGUGAUGUGGAAGCAGAUCACGCAGACCUACUGGGAGGACAAGCCCUCCAAGGCCUUUGGCAUCUCUGGUGUUUCGCUCAAAGUAGUGAACUCUACUACUGGCACUGGAGAGAACCUCAGAAAUGCUUUGUGGCACACCGGUAACACUCCUGGACAGGUGCGUACUCUGUGGCAUGACCCCAAAAACAUUGGCUGGAAAGAUUACACAGCCUACAGGUGGCACCUCAUCCACAGACCAAAGACCGGAUUCAUCAGGGUUGUGGUGUACGAAGGCAAACAGAUCAUGGCUGAUUCAGGACCAGUUUAUGACAAGACAUUCGCCGGGGGAAGGUUAGGCUUGUUUGUCUUCUCACAAGAGCUGGUCUUCUUCUCCGACCUCAAGUAUGAGUGCAGAGAUAAAGCGGAGUUUCCAACAGUGGUCACAAGAUAACUGAACCACGCUGGAUAUAAAGAGAACAAAAGACAAGAAUCUCUCUAACUGAACUUCAUGUGACUGAUAAAUCCAUUUAAGAGGAAACGCAACUUUCUUUGUUUGAUGUGUCAUCCAUAGAAGAGGAAACCAUGGCCAUUUUUUCUUAGUGCCUCACAGUACAUGAAUAUAUUUCCCUUGAAAAUAAAAACAGAUGAGGGUGGACAAAUGAAAAGAGCCUCCGGAAGAUAUUUAACUAGUGUACUAGUGUCUACAUUUUAAAGGGAUUCAGUGUACAACCACUUACAUAUGUGCUUUUUGACAGUUUCUCUUUUCUACUGCUUUUAACUGCCAUGCCAUUUUCUUGCUGUUCUGUAGCCUUAAUAAGUUUGUGUUUAUUUAGGAAUAGAAUCUGGAGGCUCCUUGUCAGGUCCAGGACUUUUCAUGGCCCCCAUUUUUCCCUGAAACUAAACCUGCCGCAUCUGAAGUUAUCUGUCAAACAUAAACUGUAACCAAAGUGUUAUAAUUUAGCCCUUUCAAGUCCAUUUCACGUCUCAUUCUUAUCAUCCUGAAUGUGUUUUUUUAUAGUGAUCUUGAGUGAAUGAUUGAAAUAGGCCAUUGUAGUAAGUACCAAAGAUGUUUAUACUAAGUCUGUA